AGCACCUUGGACCAACGGCUUGAGACAGGCAGCACCAGAAAACGAGCGACAAAGCUUGUGUGCAGUUCGGACAUCUCCGGAGGGACUCGGACCCAGGGAACGCAGAUGUACCAGCCGGUGGCAUGAAACUAAACAGGAGAGAGAAGCGCGAGUCGAACACCCAGAGGCAGAGCGAUCACACAGCGGCUAGACAGAGCAAAUAGAUACCAAGUUAAAAAAUGACAACCCGCAAGAAACACACGUAAAUAAACUGAAGAAUGGAUGUUGGGAUGGCAGAAGAGUCCUUGUGGCAUGCUAAAAUGAAGUGGGGCUGUGAGCAGAUAUCGCUUUACCUCGGGGAUUCAGCUCUUGGUGCACGGCAGAGGACACUCUGCAGCAGCAAGGUCUAGAUCCCGCUGGCCUAGUGAAAGCUCUACAUGUUCUACGGGUCUUCUGCAAGCAUGUCCCUGCCCUCCAAGAAAAAACUGAAGAGACAGAGCCGGACCUUCACGCAGGUCCUGUACCGGACUUUGAGUUACCGGGACCACCGCUCCGUCACCAACAUCAGCGACCAGGUGGCCGACGACCCUGCCGAGCUGUCCACCCAGACCUCAGUCCCUGGGGUGCUCAAGAUCUUCGGGGACGAGAUCUGCAUGGGGGCCAACUACAAGAGCGUGCUGGCCACGUCGUGCUCCAGUGCCCAGGAGCUGGUGAAGGAGGCCCUGGAGCGCUACUCCCUAAACAAGGCUGCUGCCUGCAAGUACCUUCUCUGUGACGUCAUCGGGAGGUUCGAAGGGGCGGACAAGCGCUGGCGGACUGAGUGCAUCAGGGCCCUGGGGGACAACGAGAAGCCCCUCCUGCUGCAGGAUUUGUGGAAGCCAAAGGAAGGAUUCGCCCGCAGGUUCGAGCUGCGCAGACGGGCUGAAGUGGAGGAGAUGGCUGCCGGUGAAAAAGACACUGUCACAGCAGGUAUAAACGCCCAGGCGAGGAAGCUGCAGCGGAACCGAGCGAAGGGAACCACAACACUGUCACCGGGGGGGUCGCUCUGCCGCAGCCUGAGCGAGACCAGCCUCAACCUGACGGGCGUUCCUGGGGACGAACCCAAAAGAUACUACUCCACGCUGCCGGGGCCACUGCGAGGGCGGGCAGGGAGGGAGGGCUCCCAUGAUGGCAGGAAGAAGGAGGAGAGGGAGGGCGGGGGCGUGCGGCACUCCCUCUACCACUCACCCCACCUGCUGCUGCUCCAAGGAUUCAACCAGCGCAACGACUGCCUGGUGUACCUCCUGAACCGAGACCAGCACACCGUGGGUCAGGAGACGGGCUCGGCCCGGCCCAACAUCUCUUUUAGUGAGGAGCACAUGGAUGCAUCAGCAGCUGAAGCCUGCACAGAGCAGUCUUGCACAGUGGCUGCGGCUCUGAGCAGCACCCGAAGGUCCACAAAAGGAUUUAAACAGGACUUCUAA